CUUUUACUCAACACAAUCUCUCCCUAAGGUUCCCCUUUCUUUCUUUCCUUCUUUCUUUCCUUCUUAUCCUAUACCCUUUGGAUCCCGUUUCGCUUUAUUUCUGAGGCUGUUGGGGAAUUGCAAAUUGUCAAUAUGAGUGCCUUCUCCUCCGAGAAUAUUAACGGAGUCUACAUUCCCUCCACCCUGUUGGUGGUCGGUACCUUCAUUGUGAAGAAGGAGUGGCUCCCCUUUGCCGUGGCUCUGGCUGCUAUUCUGGCCGGAUGGAAGCUGUCCAGCGGUGGUAGCAGCAAGGCUAGGAAGGUGCUCAACCCCACCGAAUUCCAGGACUUUGUCCUGAAGGAGAAGAAUGAUAUCUCUCACAACGUGACCAUCUACCGUUUUGCCCUCCCCCGUCCCACCGAUAUCCUGGGGUUGCCCAUUGGCCAGCACAUCUCUCUCGCCGCUACCAUUGAGGGCCAGCCCAAGGAGGUUGUGCGCUCGUACACUCCCAUCUCUUCUGACAAUGAAGCUGGCUAUUUCGAUCUCCUUGUCAAGGCCUACCCCCAGGGUAACAUCUCCAAAUACCUCACCACCCUGCAGGUUGGUCAGACCAUGAAGGUUCGCGGCCCCAAGGGUGCCAUGGUCUACACCCCCAACAUGUGCCGCCACAUUGGUAUGAUCGCUGGAGGUACUGGUAUCACUCCCAUGCUUCAGAUCAUCAAGGCUAUUAUCCGCAACCGCCCCCGCAACGGUGGAAACGACACUACCCAGGUAGAUCUGAUCUUUGCCAACGUGAACCCCGAUGAUAUCCUGCUCAAGGAGGAGCUAGAGGCUCUGGCCAAGGAAGAUGAUGGCUUCCGGAUUCACUAUGUGCUUAACAACCCCCCCGCGGGCUGGACCGGUGGUGUUGGCUUUGUGACCCCCGACAUGAUUAAGGAACACCUCCCCGCCGCCGCUAGCGACAUCAAGAUUCUCCUCUGCGGUCCUCCCCCGAUGGUCAGCGCCAUGAAGAAGGCUACCGAGUCUCUCGGCUACACAAAGGCCCGCCCCGUCAGCAAGCUCGAGGACCAGGUCUUCUGCUUCUAAACAGGUUAUGACUAUGUUCGAGUGCGAUUGAAGUUGCAACACCCAUGGUCUAUAAUUGGUAGAUAUCGAUAGAAAACUACGGAACCGGGUCCCCGGUUGAUUCUAUUCUAAAAUGACUCUACUUUAUGCGAAGAAUAGCAAUUGAUAGUGAUGAUUUUAAUAUGAAUGAAGCGUUUGCAAAGUGCAGCCUCACAACU